AUGGCCUCAGACACCACAGCUACCAGGAAGCUGAGGGAGGAAGCAUCUUGUUCCAUCUGCCUGCAGCUCAUGGUGGAGCCAGUGAGCAUCGACUGUGGCCACAGCUUCUGUCGCUUGUGCAUAGUGAACUUCAUUGAGAACCAGAAAGGGGCAACCACGGUGGAAACGUUUGGCUGUCCCGAGUGUAGGACUCAGUUUCGCAAGGAGAACAUCAGGCCCAUCCGAAGGUUGGAAACCCUCAUUGAGACCAUCAAGGAAAUGGAGCGCGAAAAGCUGUGUGAGGAGCAUGGAGAGCCGCUACACCUGUUCUGUGAGGACGAUGGGCAGCUCAUCUGCUGGUACUGCGAGAGGACACCACAGCACAGAGGUCAUGUCACGGAGCUCAUCAAAGAUGCUUCCCAAUUGUACCAGAAAAAGUUCCAGGAAGCGGUCAUAAAGCUGAGGAAACUGGAAGACCAAUGUAAGUUAUGGAAGCUGAACACAAGAGAUCAGCUAAUAAAAUGGGAGGAGAAUAUCAAGCUUAGAAGACAAAAAAUCCAGGCUGAUUUUAAGAAUCUUUACAAUUUCUUGCACGAGGAAGAGAAGUCUUUUCUCUGGAAACUAGAGAAUGAAAAAGAGCAAGUUUUGAAGCGACUGCAGGAGUGUGAAACCAAACUGGAAAAGCAGGGCCAAGAACUCAAGAAACACAUCCAGGAGCUAGAAAGGAAAUGUAAGGGCUCAGCCCAGAAAUUGCUACAGGAUGUGAAAGGCACUUUGACCAGGAGUUCAGCUGUAAAGCUAAAAAAACCAGAGUCUCUCUCCUUGGAGGUCCAUACUGAAUGCAAUGUUUCUGAGCUUUACUUCGAUUUGAAGAAAAUUUUAGAGAGCUAUGAAGUCAGUGUGACCCUGGAUCCGGGCACAGCUCAUGGAGAACUAAUUCUAGCUGAGAGUGGACGACAAGUGACCCGUGGACGUCCUGAGAAGAAGCCAGACAUUGCAAGCAGGUUUCGAGUCUUGCCAUGUGUCCUGGGCUGUGAGACCUUCACCUUGGGGAGAUAUUACUUUGAAGUGUACCUGGGGAAGGGUACUGAAUGGGAUGUAGGAGUCUGCCUGGAAAAUGUGCCCAGGAACAUUGACAUGACACGGAAGCCCGAGUCUGGAUUCUGGGCCAUCAGACGUUGCAAACAAUAUGGCUAUGUAGCCUUGACCUCACCCCGAACUCCUCUCCAUCUCAGAGAGGAGCUGGAAUUUGUGGGUGCUUUCCUAGACUGUGAGGCUGGGCUUGUCUCCUUUUACAACAUGAACACAGGCUCCCACAUCUUUACCUUUCCCAAAGCCUCUUUCUCUGAUACUCUCAGACCCUAUUUCCAGGAUUUUUAUGACAGUUCAUCAGAUAAACAUCCAAUAUUAAAAAGUUCCAGUAAAAAUCAUGGCUUCUCUACAGAAGCCAUUGAAAACUAUGAAGGAAAAUGCUACCUGCUCCAUUUCCUGGAGUUGAUGACCAAGCCAACAUCACUGCACAAAGGACACAAGACAUCUCUAGUUGAAGAUGCAGGCCGAAGCUACAAGGAAAAGUUCCAAAUAGCUGUGACCAAACUGAAAAGACUGGAAAAACAAUGUAAUAGUUGGAUGUUGGACACAAAUGAACAGAAAGUGAAAUUGGAGGAGAAGAUAGAGCUCCAGAGAAAAAAUAUUCAGGAGGAUUUUAAGAAAUUUCACGUAAUCCUCCAGGAGGAGGAGAAGGCUUGUUUAUGGAAACUUGAGAUAAAAAAAGAAGAAAUCCAGAAGGAACUUGGGGACAAAAAGUCAAGUCUGGAAAUGCAAAGCCAGGAACUCAAGAACCAAAUCCUGACAUUAGAGAAUAAAUGUCAGGGAUCAACCCAGAAAUUGCUGCAGGAUUUGGCCAAUAUCUUCCACAGGUAA